GCGAUUGCUUGGACAGUAUUGGUUGCGUGCGUGUGUAUUACGAGGAGGAGGGAAGAGAACAACAACUGAGUGUGGCCUACGAAACCAGUUGAAAGGCAGUUCGAGCGAUAGUUGAAGUUUAGUUUCGUACUGUUCGCCUGAAGGCUCGUACACAGAUCGUGUCGUGUCGAGAAAGAGAGUGGAAGAUCUCCAACACACAGCGGGUUAUUUUCUCUUCGCAUCCAGAGUUUGUUCCAUCGUUUGGAGUGACGACCAGUUUUUUUGUUGUUGCGAGCCGCUGUUUUUGUUUGAGAAGUGGUGCGCUGAGGAAAAGUAAAGCAAACAUUGCGUGCACGGAACCGUUGUCGAACAUCCGUCGGUACUUCGGAGAGCGCAUAGUGAGGCUAGAACUAGACGAUUAUUGUGCGUUGUUUUUUGGGUGGACAUUCGGUGGUGUGUGACAUGGUGAUUCAGAGCUUGCGGUGAAACAGGAACACGAUUUCAAUUGAACUGGCCAAACAUUUCCGGUGCGUGGUGUUGUGCGGCCUAGCAGAUUUUCCGUUCGAGUUUAAGAUUAUUUUUCGCUGUGUGCGGUGGUAUUUUGAAAGGUGGUCAAAAUUGAGAAAAUAAAACGAAAACGCGAAUUAUCUAGUGAGCUAAGUGGUGGAAGCAGCAGUAGUAGUACGGGUAGUCGUAACAGUAACAGCAGCAACAGUAGUAGAAGAAAUACGGCAACGAUAGCAGCAGCGGCAGCGGAAGCCCACCGAAAGCAGCUGGUCCAGCACGAAAGGAUGCUGCUCGAUACACAGAACAAUAACAACGGCGGCAGUGGCAGUGGUAGUAUGACCGCCAAUAGCAGGAACGUUGCGGCGUCGGCUGCUGCGCUGCAGGCUGCGGCCGCGGCCGCCCUUACCGCCGCCAAGGGCGCCACAGAUUUUUCGAUCGCUGCAAUCAUGGCACUGCGGGAGGGUUCCGCAAGCCGGAGCCCUCUGGAAGCAGUUUUCGUAAGUGGACCCCCAAGUUCGGUAGACCGUUUGUCGGAAGUUGACGAUGAAGUGGACGUUGACGUGGAAGAAUGCUCGGAUUCGGAGGAGGCAGCUUCCCGCUCCGGACAGGACCGGAAUACACAUUCGCGGGCUACGGCUACCCCGAACAGUGUGUCGGACGAGGAGCGACUCACACCGGAACCGGCAUCGAAGCGACCAACCAUUGUCGGGACGUGCAAUUCCGACGAUCUUCGACCGGUUCAGUGCCAUCUGGAGACAAAGGAGCUGUGGGAUAAAUUUAACGAGCUCGGGACGGAGAUGAUCAUCACCAAAACGGGACGACGCAUGUUUCCGACGGUGCGGGUUUCAUUUUCGGGUCCCCUCAGGCAGGCCACCCCGGCGGACCGUUACGUGGUACUGCUGGAUGUGGUCCCGGUGGACAACCGGCGCUACCGUUACGCGUACCACCGUUCCGCGUGGCUGGUCGCCGGUAAGGCCGAUCCGCCGCCACCACCCCGGCUGUAUGCCCACCCGGAUACCCCGAUCGGAGCGGAUGCCCUGCGCAAACAGGUUAUCUCGUUCGAGAAAGUCAAGCUCACCAACAACGAGAUGGACAAGAAUGGCCAGAUCGUUCUGAACUCGAUGCAUCGCUACCAGCCCCGCAUCCAUCUGGUUCGGCUUGGCCCAGGUCAAAAUAUUCCCACCACACCGAAGGAGCUGCAGGAUGUAGACCACAAGACGUACGUCUUUCCGGAGACGAUUUUCACCGCCGUCACGGCCUACCAGAAUCAGCUCAUCACCAAGCUCAAGAUCGACUCCAACCCGUUCGCCAAAGGAUUCCGGGACUCGUCCCGGCUGACCGAUUUCGAUAGUUUUCCGGGCAUGGAUCCCAUGGACGCAUUGCUGCUGGAGCAACACCUUCGCUCACCUCUGAGACUUUUCCCGGAUCCGCUGAUGGCUCAAUUUGGAGGCGCAGGACAAGAUCCGGACGGUGCCCAGGCGGCGCUGCUGGAGAAAGCACGCCAACACCUGCAAAUGUGGGGCCGUGCCGCUCCGUACGGUGACCUGUUGAUUCCCCAGAUGUACCAGCGGCCAAAUCUUGGUGCCCUCAACCUCGGACACUUGUGGCAGAGCCAAUGGUCGCCACAAAUCCCACCGGGUUUCCUCCCGAAUGCAGCUGCAGCUGCAGCAGCGGCCGCUGCCGCCGCUCCGCCACCUCCCCCACUCAGGACCACUCCUCCCCCACCACCAAACCAAACCAUGACCAGUCCGGCCAGUUCCGCCGGUACCCCAUCGCCGGAUCUCCGGGCGAAGCAUUUCACCCGGUUCAGCCCGUACCAGAUUCCACAGGCCCACCAUCAUCCCUCCCAAAGUAUGGCGUCGUCCAUUUCGGCACCCCACCAAUCACCAUCCCCACGAAGCCCCUCGAACUAGAGACGGUAAGCCAGGGUUCAUCGAGCAGAGAGGCUUGCCCCGUAGGGUAUGAUUUCCGAACUUAACUCGACACACUCACAAACACACGUACACGUAUACACACUCUACAGUAUUAGCAACUCCUAUAGAACUCAUUCUCGCAAACCGUCGAACGAAACACAACUCCACAUCACAAGUUUCAUCUGUAAAUAUUGAUCAUCACAUUUCACUAGUGUAGAAACAAACCACCCCAGGGGUAUUAUUUAUUGCUAUCCAACUUCGAUCGGUAGUUUGUAAUGUUGCAAUUGGAUUUUUGUUUUCAUUUUCAAAAAAAAAAGUUAUAGCUCACAACUUACAAAAUGUUUUCGCUCCCUAACGAGGGAAGGAGAGAGAGAUAGAGCGAGCAAACUAUUAAAGAUUGAAUGAUCUCCUGUACUGUAGAAGAACGAUUAAAACAACAAAUUUCGAUAAACUCCUGUUGAGAGUCGGAAACUAAAACACCGAUUGUCGUUUGUUUUGUAAAUAAUUAUGAACUCAUCAUACGCGUUAAAAAGUACUAAAAUAACACACUAGCCAAUAAGAGUAAGUAAUAUAUUCGAUUCGAUGUAGGUAAGGGUAUUAUUUUAUUGAAAACAGCAAAACUGUAUCCUGAGGAUGGAAGGAGGAGAAGCUCACUAGCAAUGAUUCCUAGAACAAUGUUAUUGGUAUGUAUAAUCUAAGCGAGUAAUAGCUGAGAAGGAAGGUAGCAAAAUUUGUAAAGGAUUCGCAAAAUUGGUUUUGUUAGAGGUAUUAUAUGAAAAAAAAGAGUAUACAUGGGAAUACACAAAACAACAUAAUCACCGAUAAAUGGUUAAAAAUUGACGCAAAAACAAGAAGCAAAUGUAAGAAAAAUAAAUGUACUUGGUAUAAAAUGAAUUCGAUGUUGUAUAGACAAAUUCAAGCAAAUAAACAU